AUCUGGAAGCUGGGCCUGGGUCUUGGGGCCAGCAUCGCGAGCCUGGAGGCCGGGCUAGGAUCUCGAGUCUGGGAUUGCAGGACCCGGGCCGGGUUACAUGGAGGCCAUGCCAGGGUCUCAGGUCCAGGGUCUUGAGUCUAGGGACCUGGAAGCCAGUUUAAGGUCCGCAGUGCGGGAUCCUGAUGAGGGACCUGGAGGCCAGGCUGCAGUCAUAGGGUCGGUCAUGAGAUCUUGGGGACCGAGUUCGGGGUCGUGGGGCAGGGAUCAUGGAGACCGGGCUGGGGUCGCGCCAUCCGCCUAUGAGCAUAGUCCAGAGAGUAACUUUGUUUUUCCUUUUCCGGGCGGGGUUGUGUCCGUUGGCAUAUCCCGGCCUGUGGCGUUGCAGAGAACAAAAGGACAAGAUAAUAAAGUACAAAAUGGUUCUUUGCAUCAGAAGGAUACAGUUCAUGACAGUGACUUUGAGCCCUACCUUUCUGGACAGUCCAAUCCGAGCAACAGUUACCCCUCCAUGAGUGACCCCUACCUGUCGAGCUACUACCCUCCAUCCAUUGGAUUUCCUUAUUCCCUCAAUGAGGCACCGUGGUCCACUGCUGGAGACCCUCCAAUUCCGUACCUUACCACCUACGGACAGCUCAGUAAUGGAGAUCAUCAUUUUAUGCACGAUGCGGUUUUUGGGCAGCCUGGGGGCCUGGGGAACAAUAUCUAUCAGCACAGGUUUAAUUUUUUCCCUGAAAACCCUGCAUUCUCAGCAUGGGGGACAAGCGGCUCUCAAGGGCAGCAGACUCAGAGCUCAGCCUAUGGCAGCAGUUACACCUACCCGCCCAGCUCCCUGGGAGGCUCAGUGGUCGAUGGGCAGACGGGCUUUCACAGUGACACGCUCAGCAAGGCUCCUGGGAUGAACAGCUUGGAACAGGGCAUGGUCGGCCUAAAGAUCGGGGAUGUGACCACCUCUGCCGUCAAGACAGUAGGUUCAGUUGUCAGUAGUGUGGCACUGACGGGUGUCCUUUCUGGCAAUGGUGGGACAAAUGUAAGCAUUCCAGUUUCAAAACCAACCUCUUGGGCUGCUAUUGCCAGCAAGCCUGCAAAACCGCAGCCUAAAAUGAAGACAAAGAGUGGGCCGGUGAUGGGGAGUGCUCUGCCUCCUCCUCCCAUAAAGCAUAACAUGGACAUUGGUACCUGGGAUAACAAGGGGCCUGUUCCAAAGGCCCCUCAGCAGGCACCGUCCCCACAGUCUGCCCCGCAGCCCCAGCAAGUGGCUCAGCCUCCCCCAGCUCAGCCUCCCGCUUUGGUGCAACCACAGUAUCCGAGCCCUCAGCAGCCACCCCAGACUCGCUGGAUUGCCCCUCGUAAUAGAAACGCAGCAUUUGGUCAGAGUGGAGGGGCCAGCAGUGAUUGUAACUCUUUUGCAAAUGCCCAGCCUAAUUCUGCCCCAAGUGUAGAAUCCCACCCCAUCCUUGAGAAACUGAAAGCUGCCCAUAGCUACAACCCUAAAGAGUUUGACUGGAAUCUUAAAAGUGGACGGGUGUUCAUCAUAAAAAGCUACUCUGAGGAUGACAUUCACCGCUCCAUCAAGUACUCCAUUUGGUGUAGCACAGAACAUGGCAAUAAGCGCCUGGACAGCGCCUUCCGUGCCAUGAGUGGCAAGGGGCCCGUCUACCUGCUCUUCAGUGUCAACGGGAGUGGGCAUUUCUGUGGAGUGGCUGAGAUGAAGUCCCCCGUGGACUACGGCACUAGUGCUGGGGUCUGGUCUCAGGACAAGUGGAAGGGAAAGUUUGACGUGAAGUGGGUUUUUGUCAAAGAUGUGCCCAAUAACCAGCUCCGGCACAUCAGGCUGGAGAACAACGACAACAAACCGGUCACAAACUCCCGAGACACCCAGGAGGUGCCCCUAGAAAAAGCAAAGCAAGUGCUGAGAAUUAUCGCUUCCUACAAGCACACAACCUCCAUCUUUGAUGACUUUUCUCACUACGAGAAGCGCCAGGAGGAGGAGGAGGUGGUGCGCAAGGAGCGGCAGAAUCGAAGCAAACAAUAAGGACAAACCAGUUCCUUGCGUGGCUCACAGUUGGCUUUGAAAACAGAGUUUAAAACUAUGCUUGGUGCUGUCUCUGGUGUCAGCUCCAGCGUGUCGCCCUGUGCGAGACUGAGUGUGCAUCUUUAUCUUCUUUAUAGUUCAUUUUUGCUGAUGGAUCUGUGUUCAUUUGUAUUUUUUCUAUGUAUUAUAAUAUUGUAGAACUCACUAAUAAAGGAAUAUUUUUUGUCAGCUUAUCAGACUGACCUAAUGCGAAAUAUAAAUACCCUUAAAAACAAAAUGAAAAAUCUAAUACAUCCCAAAGAUUUUUUUUUAUUUUGGCAGAAACUAUGUUCCUAUUCUUAUAUUCAGUCAUUUAAUAUUUCUAUAGGCAUCUUCUAAGUUUUCACCCCUUCACUGCUUUUUUGCAAACAGAACUCAUGAGCUGUUUGUCAUUUAGAGUAUGCUGUUAAAAUCUCCCCAUAGCACUGAAAUCAGAAGGUUAAUGGUCGCCCUGUUUGGCUGUCACCAUCUUUACUGUUCAUGCUGUCUAAAAUGCUAAUUUGCCCAUUUGGUUUUCUGCUAGGCAGAAAGCUAAACUGUAGUGUUUCAGGUGACUGCGGUUGUGGCCCUGGAAAGAGCCCGUCAUGGUGGCCACCUGCCCGGCAGUUGCCUCGCCCUUGCUGCCCAUGGUGUCACUGUACUGAGGACUUGGAAGGUGUUUGGGGGUCUGGUUCCGUGUGUGUGUUCUUAGUUGUUUGCAGGUCAUUUUUAAAUUUUGCCCCUUUCUUCACUCAAUAACUCUAAUGCUGGCUAAAGUUUUUAUUAAUAAUGCUGAGCUUUAAAUGUAAGUACAGUGUGAUGGAUGAUGCUGCCAACUGAACUUCAUGUGUGUGUCUGAUUUUUUUUUUUUUUUUUUUUUUUUUUUUUUUUUUUCUAGUAUUA